CCAUUAAAGAUUCUUGAAUGUUUUUUCCCCUCUAGUAUAAAUAGCAACAUCAUAUUAUUAAUUCGUAACCUAUAUUCAAAUAACACAAACAUUGAAUAAAAACAAUAUGAAUGAAGAUAAUUCAACUAUUAAGAAGAAAGAAUCAUGCGUAGGAGAAGUAAAAUAUAGAGGAGUAAGAAAGAGGCCAUGGGGAAAAUACGCGGCGGAGAUAAGGGAUACUAAUAAUAAUGGAUCGAGGGUAUGGCUAGGAACUUAUGCUACUGCGGAGGAUGCUGCUAGAGCUUAUGAUAAAGCUGCAUUUCAAAUGAGAGGACGUUUUGCGGUACUUAAUUUUCCUCAUGAGUAUCCAUCUGAUCAUCAUUCUUCUUCUUCGUAUUCAAUGUCAUCUUCGUCAACGUCGUGUUCAUCAGUGAAACAAGUUAUUGAAAUUGAGUACUUGGAUGAUAAGUUAUUGGAGGAACUUCUAGGCUUGGAAUCUGACAAAUCUCAGUAUAAUAAGUAGCUAUUUUAGUUUGUUUUGUAUAUGCAUGCAUGUCUAAAUAAAGAAAGACACUCUCAUAUGUACUUUAUUCACCUGUUAAAUUAAUGGGCAAUCUAUGCUUUUCUUUUAA